GAGAUGGCCGAAGAGGCCAUGGAGCCCACCAAGGCAGCUAUCAUGGGGCUGUGCCAUGACAUGUUCUCCAAAAUGGCCAUGUACCCGACAGGCAAGCUGACAACUACCAGUAAAGACUAUAAACUUCUGGAAAAUAUGAACAAAUUGACUAGCUUGAAGUAUCUAGAAAUGAAAGAUAAUGAAGUAAACAUAAGUAGAAACCUAAAGGACUUAAACCAGAAAUCUGCAGCACUUCAGCCUUAUCUGGAUCAGGUCACUUUAACUGAGGAGCAAGCAGCAGCUCUGGAACAGGCAGCUUACAAGGUAGAUGCAUAUUCAAAGAAACCAGAAGCAAAGUACAAGAAAUUAGAGAGGCAAUGA